GGAUUAUACUUUAUCACAGUUCAUCUGAUUCUAUUAGAAUCUUUUCUUCAGUCGAAGAUGACGGUUUCCACCAGCAGCGAGGCGACGAACAGCACCGUGCCGACGGCCACAGCGCCCGCAGACGCGAGUUUGGACGCGUCCAUGCUGCGAACAUUUGCCGUGAUCUUGUGUAGCGAAUGUCAGUACCUAGAAUUCCCGGGAUGCGACGUUCAUGGUGCUCUAUACACGGAGCGGUUGACGGACGCGGACGGAAAGUUACACGCCAAGUGUCCAAGCUGCACUGCAGCCACCAACAACGCACGACCGUUCCGCGACGGCUGCCGUCGUUGCAAGGCGUCUACUACCGUAUCCAUGUGGGCCUGUUCAUUGCAGGAGAUCCAGCAAGCCAUCGAGGCCUUCCCCAUUGCGACGGAGGAGAUCGAGCACACGGUGAUUAACUGCGAGCGCUGCCUCAGUGCCAUUUUCCCAAGGGCUAGAGAGGUGUUGACUACACGCUCAAUACUGGAGCCGUUGGCAGCGGCUAGCGGCAAGCCGCUGAAAGUGGCUAAUUUUCAGCUUAGCAUGCCACAUGUGGACGGUUGUCUGAGAAAAGGAAUGCCGCUACAGGCAGUUGCUGUGCAAUUGCCAAAGAGCGAGCUGAAGUUUGUGGUGGAGAGGAUCCCCAGGUGUCCAUUGGCGCCGAUGUUGACAGGCAGGCCACAGUAUCGACCCAGAAAGGUGGAGGUGGUCACGCAGCAGAAUCAUUUGCAUCAGGUGAGGACAGUGAAUUGGAUUAAAAGAAUAGAUUAGAUUAGGCUGAGAAAAGCCGUUGUUGUUGUUGCUGUAGGUUGCAAUUCGACUCCUGUCAUCUGUAAUUGGAGCUUUUGUUGCGGAUUCACCUGCUUCCGCUCAACCACUUCGACAGGUUUGUUGGAGAGAUGACAGCACUUGAGAAUGGUUGUUUGACGGGUAAAUUAUUGUCGCUAGAUUGUGGCUGUGCUUGGGAGGAUGGAGCCACUCGCUUUAUUUUCUGAGUGGUCGCCGCCUCGUCAACUUUCGCAGGAGAAGAUGCUCCCAAAGGAAGUGACUGCAAGCUCAGUUUUUGACGAGCAGCAUUCCGCCUCAAAAAUUUUCGAGAGUGAUUCAAGCUUUUGGAGAUCAGCCAGCAAGACGGAUCAACAGUCUCCACUGUCAAACGAAUGGAUUGUGUGUCAAUUCAGCUCUGCGGUCACGCUUUCGUCCAUUGAGCUAAAGUGGAAAACUGGCUUUGUCCCGGAAAGCUUUUCGCUAUGUAUUUCGAGAGACGGCAUGUCGUACGAAACUGUGGCAAUUGUGACGAAGCGUAUCACUGACAGCCGGAUACUUAUACCGAAGGGAACCCAAGUGACCUCCAUUAGAAUUACGAUAUUUUCUUCCGGCCGGGUUGGUGAAACAUUUGGCCUCGAGUCACUUAUAUGCAAAGAAGCGGCCUUUAGCUCUGUGCACACCUCAACUGACGUGAUACUACGAAAAAUUCAGCAAUGGCUCUUUGAUGCUGCUGUAUCUUCGUUGCCUGAAGUCCGAGAUCUCGCGUUUCAAGCUCUGCAGAAGUUGCUGCUUGCAUCAGGCUCUCUUUGUGGGUUUUUGCAGCUGGCAACUUGCCUCGUACUCAAUACACACGUUACAGCUGCACCUACUACUGCUGACUUCGAUAAGCAGGAUUGGGAUCGCUUGGAUCUGCUUUCCGAAGGCGAGAAACAAUCCGCGCAAGUAUUUAUGAAAGAAUUGGCAACGGCGAUUCAGCGUGUUAUGAUUGGAGACCGCGCAUAUGGUCGUGUUCUAGAUCAGCGUAUUAUAGAGCAAGUGUUUGUGAUGCAAGAAGAAGAGGAUGUGACGUCAGAAAAGGACACUAUCAGUGGUAGCUCAUCAGCUUCUCUGGUGACGCUUCUCGUCGGUCGACAAAAUUUUUUGAGCUCUGUGAAGCGCAGAUCACAGUUGGGGCUGGUUAUAUUGCACAUGUUAAGCGAGUUGUCGGCGUGGCAAAUGAAACGAAUGCAGAAAGCUGAAGAAUUGACCGGUAAAAAGGAGCUCGAGCUCAUGCAGUUGGAAGAACCUUUCUCGAUGGAGAUCUGUCCCGAUUUUUUUUCUAUUUCGCACCGACUGCUUGUUAGCAUACUGUCGCGAUGGCUGCCUGGUGUCCAGGAGCAGGUUAAGAGCGAAGGAAAAGGCAGCGAUGCUGCAUUGAACGGGAAACACGGUAAUCAUGACGUGUACGAUGCCUUAGCUUCGUCAUUUGUGCAUUUUCGUGCCGAUGCUGAACUGCAAAAGGGCCACUGCAGUGUUAAUUCAUCGCUGGAACUAGCGAACGGGGGACACUUGGAUCACUCGAAGUUUUCACCAGAUGGACUAUGCGUUGCUGUACUCGAAAUCAUCACGUCAAACCUUCGUCGCUUGGUUCUCUCGAGGAUUGACCCGUUUGAGAUUGGAAUUACACCAACUUUGGCUAAGAAUGAGGAUGAUUUAUUGUCAGCCCCGCCAGUCUUAAACCCCACCGUGGCUUCCCUUGAACAACUUAUCUCGCUAGGUACAAAGCGGAGUGAUGCAUUCUUCCCCGUGUCAUUGAAAGCUGCCGCGGCGAUGGAGGUUGGAACCGAAGCCUUUUACCCAUCAUCACACCAGCGAACGAAAGUACUGGCAUCACGAAUGGGGAAGGGUGCGACGUUAGAAGUGCAAGUUCGUUGGCCUGUUCAAGAGCGAGACCAAGAAGACCCACGCUACGAAAGACUCAUUCUAAUGCUCCAAAUGGAGUGCAUUAAGCUGGACAUCCGACAUGCAAUUCGAGGCAGCUGGUAUUUCUUCAUGCAUUUGGUGGUUGAAGUGCCUUCAAGUCGAGACACGGAGGGGGUGCUGACACAGCACUUUGCAUCGUGCAUUCAGCGUGCGGGCUUCUCGUCGUGGCAGGUAGCUGCAGGAGCUCAAGAGCUCUCGAUCAACCUACAGCACCAUCUCCAUUGGAAUCGUGUCGAGAAAAUGUCCCAGGACUCUGGAGCUGGUUGGAUUCGCGUGUACCCUGCAGAUGUUGCGGUAUACGAUGAAGUACUCACCGAUGUUGAGGGAUUCCUGGCUGAGCACGGAAAAAUGUAAGACGACGAUGACACGUCCGUAGGGGCUAAUCAAAGCCGCUCUCAUGCAUGAAGCCAAUUGAAUACAAUAGACUGAAGGAGACGCUGAAAAUUGCUGUUCAUUGAGUUCCUCGAGCGACGAGCGUAACAACUGCCUUGUCCGUAACGGAGUAGGCGAAGAGCGACGUAGCAACUUUGCCUACCACCUUAGGGGUGAACGUCACUGUUACAGGAAUAAACUUCCGAGGCUCUAUGGUAGUCGUGGAGUAGGCACACGAGUAGGGUUCCUGCAGAUCUUGCAAGAAGACUGUCAUUGGUUCGUUCGAGCCAUUGCAUACAUACACAGGUGCUUCGUGCGACUUGCCGACACGGCAGCUUCCAAAUUCAACAGCCCUGGCGUGGAAGUACAGCCCUCUCCGCUUCCCGCGCUUGGUGUAGUAAAAUGAAUCUGUCUGUGAAGAAAGUUGAUGCCGAGAUCGUGCGAUUUCAUCAAACGGUGGCAAUAUCUGGAUCACUCUUCGAUCCACCACAAUACUCACUUCUCGCAAAUAAGACUUGCCGACUCGAAUUGCCAGCGACCCGAACCAGUUUUCAGCUCUAGGAGACGGAUUCAAGCUGCUUGUACGACCCCCACGUUGCUGAAGAUCUUCAGCCUGAACAAAGGGUUGAGAUAUCGGUACCACUGAUACAACGACUUCAGAUGCUGGCUGAAUCAUCCCUGUAGCUGGGCGCACCCGUAGAUUCUCAGGGGCACGAACUUUGAAUGGCAAUGACUGAACUGUGUUGUUUGACAAACGCACCUUGGCCUUCGUGACCAUCUUUUCAGCACUUUUACUGCGGACACGGUCGAAAUGGAUAAACGUGGGGCUAACUUCCACUUGGUCAACAGAUCUGCUAGCUUGAAGCUCGUCGACACGUUUGAUAGGAGUAUCAAAUCCGUCGCGCUGCUGUGUAUUUCCAUGAACCUUCAACUCCAAAUGCCGCUUCACGCUUGCUUCAAUGACAACUUCGAAUGGGUGGAACAAUGAAUCAAUACCGACUCCUCUAAACUGGAAGAUCCCGGCUACUGCUCCAGCGUAGCGUGCGUUGAAGGUUACAUGGAACGCACUCGAAGCCUUGGGCCCAAUCUCCAGCACCGCUGGAGACACGCUAAACUGGUGGCACCCAGUGCUAAGUGGAAGAAGGGAGACACAAAUCCUUCCAACCGCGUUGGUUCCAUUCGUGAAAACGAUUUGCUCCGUCAUAAUGUCGCCAACGGAGCAAAGAAACCUUCGACACCGGCGUGGAGUCUAUAAGCAUGAUCAUUACACCAAAGUCAUUUUACCGUGCAAUACGAAAUAGCUAGAGUGGUCGAAAAGUCGUACCAUAGUUGUCUCCAUUGUCACAUAAAGCUUGUUUCGAUCGAGCUAGACAACACAAUUCGUAAACGUUAGAAGAUGUGAGUGCACAAGAGAAGAUCGCACGGCGUACCAUAGCAAUAGGUCUCUCAGAUGCUUCUGGAUAUUUCGGCAGGG